GUUCACGGGAGGAAAAUAGAUGUUGCCGUUAUCACUCAAAGAGCAAACCACCAAUACACCUGUCAAACAAGCACAGAUUGGCAGCACUUUUUGACUGCCUCUGGGUUUGACAGACUACUACCUAUGCGCUUCAGGAGUAAAGACGAUGUCGAGCACAAGAUUAAUCAUUUAUUCGCACGCAGGCUUACAAUGCCCCCACUCACAGCAUGCCCGAAUAGCAGCACAAUCCAUUGUCCGGAUGUUUUUGGCAGCUCCCUGGUCUGGUGCAUGCUGGAUAUGCAAGAUUUUGAAAGAGUGAAAAUACCUCCGUGCAUGCACCGACAUUUAUUCGAACACACAAAAUCAGAGGCUAUAUUAAGGUAUAGCAAUACUGCUUGGCCAGUGACUGUUAGAGGUUACACUUUUGACCAUGAAUUUACCAACUUCCUGGUAGAGAAUGACAUUCCAUUUGACACCUUUGUGCUUCUGCGCCACAUUGGCAAUUUCAUUUUUGAUGUACUCCUGUUUAACACUGACGGCUACUCUCGCAACCUGGCUGAACCACAUAAUUCUAACAUCCAACCCAACCUUCCUGGGGAACACUUCUUUGUGUAUGCACAGUCUGCAAUUCCAAACUGUUCCUACAGGAAACUGUUUCGCCCCCCUUCAUUUCUUUACAUCCCCACACAAACUGCAGUGUCAGCCUGCGAAGCAUUCCUCAACACCUGCUGCGAUGCCAGGGGCAAAAUCCUGAUUAUGUAUGGUGAAGAGCAAGACCCUUUCUAUGGCGGUGAGAUGGAUUUGCUACAAGAAAUACAGUUCAAUUUCCACAUUGACCCAACUUGUAGCCUUGUUUUUAUCAAGUCCAGUGGCAGCAGAAUUAAGUUGCUAGCGCUUUCCAAGUGCAACGUUGAAGAACCCCCGCAUCAAAGCCAUACAUAUGAGCUCAAAAGCCAAGUUUCCACCCAUACUUCAGCCCAAUCUUAACUUCUUUCUUGUUAGUUUAUAAUUUAUGCUAUGUUCUUUUGAUUAACUUGUCUGACUCCCCCUACCAUGCCUAAGACAAUUAUCCUAAACUGCUGCUUUUUUUGGAAUCACCCCUCGUUUCAGUUGUAUUACCGAUGCAAAGUUACUGGUUCUGCGCUUGUG